CGCCAAUUUGUCGGUUGUCCGGAAACCAUCGGUUGAUAUCAUUUAACUCAAGUUCGAAUCUAAUUACAAUGGUGUACACCCGACCUACGUCUGUACCUUACCCCAACGUUUGGCAUCGCUUCACGGUCCGCCGGCACGGUACCACCGCCAGCCUGCGUGUUCAGGAUCUCACAGAGGACAAGUACGAUGCAGCACUAGCUCUACUCUCCAAGCAUUUCACCGCAGAUGAACCACCAUGCAAGUAUAUAGGUGUCAACAAUUACCCUACAGCGGUAGCUGAGCUGGAGAAUCUAUGGAGGAAGACGAUGAAGGAUAGAUUGUCUGUAGUCUGCGUGGAGGACAAAGACGACGGAUCCUCGGUGUUAGUGGGGGUCAACGUACUUACUGUUGUCUGCAAGGACGACAAGGAUGAGCCCUUCAAGACGGAUGAUAAGAUUUGGGCGAAGUUAUUCGGUGCUGUUGACCUGGUGGGACGGAGUGUAGACAUAUUUGAGUACUACGGCGUGGACUCUUACCUGACCGCGUACGGGCUUGUCGUGGCGCCCGAAUGGAGGGGCUGUCAUAUUGGAAAGGAGAUAUUAAAAGCAAGGGUCCCUCUGUGUAAGGCGCUGGAUGUCAAAGUGACAGCCACGGUGUUCACGGCUGCCGCGUCCCAAGCAGUUGCAAAGAAGGCGGGCUUCGUUGAUUUAUUCGAAAUAAGUUACAAGGAGCUGGCUAAAAAGGGUUUCGCAUUUCCCGGAGUGGAAGAAGACACCAAGUCCUCGAAGCUUAUGGCUCUAGUCAUUAAUUAAUCUGUGGUUUUCUCAAACAUUGUGUUGCCAUUAUGCAGAAAUUUUGAUUU